CUCUAAAACUUGAAGAGACCUUGCAGACCCGCAGUUCUGAUGCCUAAGAAGUAACAGCAGAUCUUCUGCUAGUCGGCUUCGUCCAUAUUGACAUCCGCUUCAGAUGCAACCACGGCAAAAUUCUGCCUAUAUUCAUCCCAUGCAAUGGCUGCCAAUCGAGAUUUAUCAAGCCAACUAGUCAAGCAUGGGAAUUUCCACGCCGACUCCUGACCUUGAGUCCUUAAUUAGGGUUGCUGUUGUUGUUGUUGUUGGGGAUUUGCAUCAAUUUGGCUAAAGCUUGGUCGUUUGUAUCUUUUUCUGCUGUAAUUGCAAAUUGUAGACCAAGUGUUCGAUUAAUUGCCUCAGCCAACUUGAUCAAAAGGUCUUUCUUCCAUCUCUUCCCAAACGACACCAUCUUCUUCCCCGUGGCUACUAGUUGACUCUUUUGGGUUGUUCGGCCCGAAUAACCCAUAGUGUGUGACAUUCAGAUGGCCUCUCACUCUACUGACACUCUUGCACUUAUGGAGCUUGCCAUACAGCAGGCAAAGGAUGCCCUACAGUUCCUUGAAGUCCCUGUUGGCUGUGUGAUUGUACAGGACGGAAAGGCCAUUGCGUCGGGAAGAAACCGAACUUCUGAGACACGAAAUGCUACAAGACAUGCAGAAAUGGAAGCUAUUGAUAUCCUCCUCGAGCAAUGGCAGAGAGAUGGACUAUCAGAACUGGAGAUUGCUGAGAAAUUUUCGCAAUGUAGCCUUUAUGUUACAUGUGAACCAUGCAUAAUGUGUGCUGCAGCUUUGUCUAUUCUUGGUAUAAAAGAAGUUUAUUACGGCUGUGCAAAUGAUAAGUUCGGAGGCUGCGGAUCAAUUCUUUCAUUGCACUUGCAGAGUAGUUCUGAGCAGCCACAUGGUGGUGCGAAGGGUUUUACAUGUACUGGAGGUGUAAUGGCAUCAGAAGCUGUUUCUCUUUUACGAAGUUUCUAUGAGCAAGGUAACCCUAAUGCUCCGAAGCCUCACAGGCCUUUGGCUCGGCAGGCAACAGAUUAAUAAAUAUUUGAAUGAUUCACGAAAUUGAUCUUAUGAAAGCUAGAGAGAGCUUCAGAAUUUGAUCAAAUCUUGGCUUCUACCAGCAACAAAAACUGUUUGCUUUUAUAUCGAAUUGUGAACUUGUGAUGGUUACUCUUGUUUCUUAAAAGCAAUCAGACACCU